GUUCAUGAGCGGGAAGGGGCUGGUCAUCUACCCGGAGAUUGGGGAUAAACUGGACAUUAUCUGCCCCAGGGCGGAGCCGUCCAAGCCUUACGAGUACUACAAGCUGUACCUGGUGAAGAAGGACCAGGCAGAUGCCUGCAGCACCGUCAUGGACCCCAACGUGCUGGUGACGUGCAACCGGCCCGAGCAGGAGAUCCGCUUCACCAUCAAGUUUCAGGAGUUCAGCCCCAACUACAUGGGCCUGGAGUUCAAGCGGCAGCAGGAUUACUUCAUCACAUGUGAGUCGCCCUCCUCUUCCUCGCCGCCCGCCCUGGCUCGCUGGGGGCCGCGGGCGCCUGGAGAGUGUCGCCAGGCGCUUGUGUGCGACUUGGCUGGUGCAAAGAGCUGA